AUGCAUCUUAACUGGUUAUUCAUCACUUGUUUGCUUGUCCUUUUGUCUGUUGCCUUGACAACGAGAACAGUCGAUGCUAGCAAAAAAUCAAAGGAGGAGAACGAAGAAGAGCAAUCACGUUCAACAGAUACCGAUAGUGAUACUGAUACGGAUUCAAACGAUGAUGAUGAUGACGAUGACAAAAAAGUAGUGUUUGUUCCACGUGAAAAAGCUUCGAUUUUUCUCUCAUACAAUGAAUGCGUACGACGAAUGAAUUGUGGUACAUCACGCAAGGAGGAAUGCAGCGAAGAAUGUGCUGUUGGCAACACAGAAGAAGAAAUGGAAGAGUAUACUGAAAUCUUCGAACAUAUUGAAGAAUAUCGAUCAAAUUCGAAGACAUCAUCAGUAAAAAAAACAAAUAAAAAACAACAAGAAUCAUCAUCUGACAGUGAUAGUGAUAGUGAUGAUAGCGAUGAUAAUGGUGAAGAAAGUGAUGAUGGUGAAGAUAGUGAUGGUAAUUCAACAGCAUCAGAUCUUGAGAGUGAUGCUAGUAGUGAAGAAGAAGAUGAAGAUGAACCACCGGCUAAACACAAAAAAGCACAAUCGUCUACAACAAAACAAUCAACAAAACAAUCAUCAAAACAAACAACAAAAAAGAAAUAA